CUCGGACAGAAGAAACAGGGUCACCCGAGGCCGGAGACCAGCACCAGCGGCGGAGCGGGGCAAGGAGCCCGCGGGGGCGUACGCCGCAGCCCCACUGCCGGGGUUCUGCAGCGGGGACAGCCCCUGCCCGCGCCCGGCGGCACCGGCGGAGCUGCGCGCUCGGAGCGCCGGGAGCUGCCCACGGUGCUCCAGCAGCUCCGGCUCCGGGCGCGUUCCGCGGGAAGCCCGGGCGCCGUGGGCACGGUUCGGCCGUGACUCAUUCGGAAAGUGAAAGUGAAGCGGCGGCCACGUGUUUUCGGAGAAGGCAGGGGAGGAGCUGCCAGACAGAAAAGCGUCGCCGCCGCGUUAAAUACAAAGCAGAGGCGAUGAGCGGGCCCAGAGCGCUGGAAGUGCAGUCCGCCCGCCCGCCCCGCGGGAGCCCCGGCUCGCUGCGGCGCCAGGCAGGGCCCCCGCGCGGAGGAUGCUCAGCCGGCCGCCGGGGCCAGGAGUAGCCGCCGCGCUGCCGGCGCGUCCCUGUCCGCAGCCCGUGCCCAUGCUGCGCGCUCCGGGGACGGCCCCCACCCGCGGCGCCCCGGGCGAAGAAUAGCUGCUGGAAAGCUGCCCUGCCGUAGCCACUGACGCUAUGGAAGACCGCAUCCGCUGGUCUAGGCUGUAGGAUGGUAGCGCACAGCAAGGUGUCAGCAGAUAAUGCAGUUGCAGCGGACCCGAGAUGUCUACUUGACCCUCCAGCACGGGAUCGUUCACAGGCUCGAGGCUAUCACGGCCCAGGCCGGCCCAGCACUGUGCAGGCACAGAGCAAUACACACUUCCGAACCUUUCGCUCGCAAGCGGAUUUCAGUAGCAUCACUCGAGCAAGCAGCCUGCUGGAUGCCUGUGGCUUCUACUGGGGACCUCUGAGUGUCAGUGCUGCCCACGAGAAGCUGAAGUCGGAGCCUGAGGGCACCUUCCUCAUCAGGGACAGCACACAAAAGAAUUGCUUCUUUGCCAUCAGUGUUAAGACUGCGACUGGGCCCACCAGCAUCCGGAUAAACUUUCAGACUGGGUGUUUCAGCCUGGAUGGCAGCAAAGAGACUUUCGACUGUCUUUUUAAGCUGCUGGAACAUUAUCUAAGCUCCCCGAGGAAGGUACUGGUUACCCCCCUGCGCAAAGUCCGUGUGCAGCCCCUGCAGGAGCUUUGCCGGAAGAGCAUUGUGAAGACUUUCGGAAGAGAGAACUUAAACCAGAUCCCCCUUAAUCCUGUUUUAAAGGACUAUCUGAAAUCCUUCCCAUUUCAGAUAUAAGUACAGCAUUAACUGUCUACGGACAUGUGAGAGAUGUGUAGAGAAAUCCAGCUUCCUGGGUUUUUAAACAUGUUUGACAGUGAACAAACUUAUUUUUGUAGCAAUUUACUGUAUUUUGGGAUGGAACUUGAACACUUGACUUAUGUUUACAAAAACUGUUUGCACAAACCUGGGGUCUUAAAACCCUGGCAUAAUUUUUCU